UUAUAAAUACUUAUGUUAAACACCAGUAAAUAUAACGGAUAUCAGGGUGUAAUAAUGUAAUUAUAAGGAUUACUCUGUAAUUUCUGUAAACUCUAUUUUAGGUUAAAUAUAACCUCAACGCACCCGAUAAGGUACGACAUUAUUUCCCAAAAUUCUAUUGUCUAUUCUAAUAUAAAAGCAAAAGAAAUUUGUGAACAGUACUCCCUCCCAAAAAUGUCAACAUCAAUCUCUAAUUUGUUUAUUGGUUAAAAAUAAAUACAAAAUAAAUAUAAUCUAAAGAUAUUUAGUUCGGUCAAUCAACAAGUUUUGUGAGUAAACCAUUUCCAUUGGUCCAAAAGGGAGGUGCGUGGAAAUGAACAAAUUUUGUGAACAGUGAAUGAGAUUGGUCCACAAGAUUGAUUUAAUCCUAUUGGUGGAAUUGGGUGGUGGGAAUAGUGGAUAAGAUUAAGUGUAUCUCAUUCCCAUUGUGUAACACAGUAACUUUCAGCUAUAAAAGCAGGAAUUCCCCAUUAGACUUCUCACAUCCAUUCGCACAUCAACCUGAAAUUGAAAAAACAGUCAAUAAACUCUUUUAACAUCAUUGGUAUGUGGUCUAUGAUCACAUAGAUUGAUCAAAGAAAAACAACUUGUGCAAUAAAGGUGAAGCCCAUAAGAGUAUGUCGAGAACCAGCUCAUGAUGGUUUCCCAGAUUCAAUGGAAGUUAUAUUUCAUGAUGAGUAGGUUAACUUAAAAUUUUUGAAGUGACUGUUUAAAAAAAACAAGGCUUCAAGAUUCACGUCCCAGAUCAGUUCAUUACUAAAUUCAAUGGGAUAUUUAAAGAGGGAUACAUCCAAGAUUCCUUGAGCGCCACUGAAAUAGACAUUCUAGAGGUUGGCUCUUCCCAGUGUGUGUCUGCAACCAGUCCUUUUGUUGAACGAAUGAAAGAAAAUGACACCUUCAUAUCAAAUGAACACCCCAAUCUUUGGCUCUUCCCUUUAUUUCAAAUUUUGAGCCUACAGUAUGCAAGAAUUUUAUCAUAUAUACACUCAAAGGAGAACAACAAAUGGGCAUCCAGCUUUAGAAGUACAAGCAACAUAAGAAAAAGCAAGAAUAUCUUAUAUAUCAUAAGUGAAAGCAAGGAAAUCUUGUUGUGCUGGGUUGGGGUUUAUUGCUCUUGCCAUCUUAUUACUUUUCAUUCUUGCCUUUCUGUUCUAAAAAUAUAUAAAUUAUAUAUAUAUAUAUAUAGAUAAGAGAUCACAUACUAAACAUGCUUAAAAUACUAACUUACUAACUCAAUAAUAUGCAACAAAUUAAACUUCAAUAUGCAGUACAAAUAAUGUAAAGAUGCACACUGUGAAUUUCAAUAUGCAAUAAAAACAAUAUGCAAAACUUUGAACUUUAAUAUGCAGUACAAAU